AUGCCAAGAUGCAAAAACUCUGCGACCGCUCUAGCGUCCUCCUUUACCAACGAGUUAAAUUCUGCUGUUGAUAGGUUAUUCCCGUCUAAGGUUAUUAGAAUUCAUAACUCUGACAAACCAUGGAUGACGCCUGCAUUAAAAAAACUGAUUUAUCAAAGGCAAAAAGCCUUUCAUUCAGGUAACCUUGACCUCUGGCGUCACUAUAGACUUAAAGUCCGAAACGACAUAGGAGUGAAAAAGCGUGCAUAUUAUACGAACAAGGUACAACACCUAAAAUCCAGUGACUCCAGAAAAUGGUGGGACUGUGUUAACCAGAUGUCCGGGAAAAAAAGAUCUGCAACCAAUAACAUUAAGAUCGUCAAGAAUGAUACCACUCUAUCUGGUAAAGAUCUCGCCCAAUCACUUAACACCUAUUUCUUAAAGCGUGAGUGA